UUCAUCUUUCAUAGGUGACGGUCGUAUGGAUAGUCCUGGGUUUUCAGCACAGUACUGUACAUACACAACGAUGGACAACGACAGUAAAGAGAUCAUAUCGAUUGUCAAUAUUGAUAAGAGGGAGACCCAGAAGAAUUCUGUAAUCAUGGAGAAGGAGGCUUUCAUCCGGACCUUUGAGACUCUCCACCAAGAGAUUCGCCUACAAGAGUUUUGCACUGAUGCUCAUUCACAGAUCUCGGCGCUCUUCAAUCCAACAAAAGGCAGGUUCAAGGACUCUGGUGUUCGACACACCCUUGACAUCUGGCAUGGGUCAAAGAACUUGGGUAAAAAAAUCCAUGCAGCAGGCCUUCGGAAAGGAUGUUCAAUUCUCCUUACCUGGAGUAAGGAGAUAUGCAACCAUUUCUGGUAUUGCUGUAAGACUGCACAGAACACUAAUCAGUUCGGUGAUAUGUGGACAGGUCUUCUCCACCAUGUUCAAGGAGAGCAUGAGUGGGCACUAUCUUGCUGUGAACAUGGCCCCUUAUCGGCCGACAGGGAGAAGGAGUGGAUCCAGAGUGAUUCUGAGGCCUUUCAGUUACUGUCAGAAAUAGUGCUGGAUGAGCACUGGCUGCAGAAUGUGGAGAAGUUCCUAAGUUUCAGGUCAACCGCUGAGCUGGGAUCCUUCCAUAAUCAUAUACUGAUGUAUGCCAGCAAGCGAUUCAGCUUUAGCCCACCUGUUUACAAGGCUCGCACCCUCUUAGCAGCGUUGGACUAUAACCAUCAUGUUCACAGACCGGUGAAGAGGAAGGCUGAUGGCUGA